CUACAAGUCCCAUGAUGCUGGCGCGAGGCCGACUGCUCCUAUCAAUAUGGCUUCUGUCAGUCGCACAAAGGCGAGUGUUUAGUGCGGGGAAAUGCGGAGGAAUUGAGGAGAGCUGAGGGUGCGGAGGAGCGGAGGGAGCUGAGGGGUCCGGGGGGAAAUGUGCGCUGGGUGUUUGGAGAGCGGGGGUCCUGAGGAAAAGCCUGCAGCAGGAGUUUAUUAUUAAUAAUCUAUUUAAAUGGUGAGGAGGACGGAGGCCCAGCAGCACCUCACCAAGAAGAAUGUCUCACUUUCCGGAGGAGCCUCGCUUCACCAUCGAGCAGAUCGACCUGCUGCAGCGUCUGCGCAGGAGCGGCAUGGCCAAGCGGGAGAUCCUGCAUGCGCUGGACACGCUGGAGCGGCUGGAGCGUGAGCACGUGCAGAAGUUCGGCCACCGUCACUCGUACGGUGGAGGUGAGGGAGGAACCGAGGCCGGAGGAGCUUCGGUCCAGACCGGGAACAGCCACGGCGGCUCUACCUCCACCAGCGGCGGCGCGUCCAGCCACGCAGCAUCCUCGUCUAAAGCCUCCGUCUCCACGCAGACGCUGUUCCACAGGAACGCUUUAUCCCCGCUGUCCAACAACUACGAGACUUCCCCUCCCCCCACAGUUACAAUGCCCAUGCCCAUGAUGGCACCGCCCGCUCAGAACGGACGGGACAGCAUGGUGCCCCUAAGUAACGGGACACUUUCCCCAAACCAGUACCCCGUCAGCGCCGCCCCGGUGCGGGCGUUCGGCUUCGAGCCCACCGAGGAGGAGGUGGACAUUGAUGACAAGGUGGAGGAGCUAAUGAGAAAGGACAGUAACAUCGUUAAAGAGGAAAUAAAGGCCUUCCUGGGAACCCGCCGGAUUUCACAAGCUGUCGUCGCCCAAGUUACGGGUAUCAGUCAGAGUCGGAUCUCGCACUGGCUCCUGCAGCAGGGUUCAGACCUGAGCGAGCAGAAGAAGAGAGCUUUCUACCGCUGGUAUCAGCUGGAGAAGACCACGCCCGGUGCUACUCUGGCGAUGCGUCCUGCUCCGAUGGCCAUCGAGGACAUUGUGGAGUGGCAUCAGACGGGUCCCCCCAUCAGCUGCAGCCCGGGCAGCUUCCGCCUGCGGCGCGGCAGCCGCUUCACCUGGAGGAAGGAGUGCCUGGCUGUGAUGGAGAGCUACUUUAAUGAUAAUCAAUACCCUGAUGAGGCAAAGAGGGAGGAAAUAGCCAACGCCUGCAAUGCAGUUAUUCAGAAACCAGGGAAGAAGCUGUCGGAUCUGGAGCGGGUCACGUCUCUCAAAGUCUACAACUGGUUUGCUAACCGGAGGAAGGAGAUAAAGAGAAGAGCCAAUAUAGAAGCAGCAAUCCUGGAGAGUCAUGGGCUCGAUGUGCAGAGUCCCGGGGGACAGUCCAACAGCGACGAGAUUGAUGGGACGGAGUACAGCGAGCCGGCGGCGGAGCAGAGCUUAGGGCCGAGAGCAGUGGCCAGAGGCUUCGCUUUCAGCCGAGGGGACCUGCCCUCCCCCGUUCAGGUGCCCUCCCUUCUUCCCGGCUGGUUGGCAGCCUGGCCGGGUCUGAAUCUGAGUCUGGGUCUGGGCCCGGGCAAGGCGGGGAAUCCCAAGGGGGCAGGGCCGGCCCGUCAGGGCGGUGGGGCAGGGCAGCAGGCUCCAGAGGGCUCCAGACUGACCGCUGUCUCCUGGUCUCCCUCCUCCCCCCAGGAUGAUGGCACGGGCCCCAGCGAGCACCAGGACCCCAUCACCCUGGCCGUGGAGAUGGCAGCCGUCAACCACAGCAUCCUGGCUCUGGCCAAGCAGGGCAGGGGCAUGGGCACGGGCACGGGCACGGGCAUGACCGCGGGCACGGGCACCACCAACAUCAAGGCAGAGGUGCUCGAGGACGACUGAGGACCCCUUCACUCGCACGUGCUUCUACAUACACGCAGCGGUGCUGUGCAAAAGCCUUAAGCCAUCUGAGAUUAUGUUAGUAAAGCUGUUUAUCUGGGCAGUGGAGACGAAGGCAUUCGAGAAAACCCAGGUUCUGUACAUACCGUUCAAUACCUCAAGCGAUCAAUACUUCACUCAGUUCUGCUUUAUUACGUUACAUUAUACUGUAUGUGCUGUUGGUGGAAUUGAGCAAAUCCACACACUUUGGGAUUAAGAGUCAGUGCUACAAAGGGUUCUUUGAACAAUCAGCAUCAAAAGUGAGUACAUCCUGCACAUUUCUGCAGAGAAUAUAUAUAUAUAUAUAUGUAUUUGUGGGACAAACUGCUCUUAAGCCCUAUCUGGAUGGGAUUAAUGUCUCAGGGGGACUUCUGUGAAAAAUAUUUCACAAUUCUACGUAGUGAUAAAACUCUUGCAUCCAGACUGCAGUGAGUUUUUUGGUUUUCUCGAUCACAUGACAUCGCGUUCAGUAGCUCCUCCAUUUCCACUUGCUGUUGUGUUUUUAAUGUGCAUCUCCAUGGAAACACGCGCCCAAAAUUUUAUUAUGGUGCGCAGCAGUGGACAAAUAGCUAUUUUAUUAAUCGUGAGGAGACGAAACUCAGAGAUGUGCAUCAGGACAGGACUAAAAUUACUGGAGGACCACAGAGUUCGCACAGAGCGAAAAACAGUAGAUAAUUCAGCCUGUCAUUUUCUCAGAGGACAGCUGAGGAAAACACUGACAUGGUCGUUCUGGACAGGAAUAAAAUCACUGAGGACCCCCCAUAAAAAAGAAAAUUACCCCAGGACCCCCCGAGAAACUAAUCCCGUCCAGAUAGAGCUUAAGUGUACAAACUAACCAGAGUCCUUUUUAAUUGUAUCAAAUAGUGCUGGUGUUAAAACACCCUAAUACACUAUUUUAAGCUUCAUACUUGAGUGUCCUGUAUGCUUAUUUAAGGUUCAAAAAGUAGGGGCAAGGGAGAGAUUGCCUUUGGUAGUAUUUAAAAUAAAAUGUUUAUUAUUUUUAUUCAGACCUCGAUAAGUAAACUUUUGGUCAGUAUGGGCAAAUAAAGAUCAAACUAUCAGAACAUCCUGUAAAAUUUUUAAUUCUAAAUUAUAUUCUAUCCCUAAAAUUAAGAAAUAUAACGUCUAGCUCUAGCGCCACUAAAGCAGAUCUAACAAUUAAAAUGGAUUAUUAAGGCUUGUGAAUGUGAACGUAGCCAUUGAACCCUUUGUAGCAUCUUUUAUUUAUACCAGUGUGAAGCUCUCAUCAGGAAGAAUCAUCAGGAACAGUUGUGUCUGUAAUAAUAUAGUUUUUUUAUACAUAGAAUAAUCUCAGUAACGUCCAGAAAAAUAGUUUUUUUUUUUUAAACAGAUGUCCUGGCUGGCGUAAGGCUUUUGCACAUUGCUGUACAUACCUACACUGUAUCUGCCAAAGGGGGGGAUGGGAUUGGGGUGAAAGGGUGAAGGGGGAGGAGACAGCGAUUAGUUAUGCUGUAUGUGUGAAAUGAGAGUUUUGUAAUAAGGGGAUUAUACUGUUUUAAAAAAAAAAAGUGGGAAUGCUGUGAUGCGGCUGUGGGCGGGGCUUUGCCAUUGGUGACCAAAGCUGUUCAGUGCAGUGUGGUCUAGAGACAGUAAACCCCACCGUCUUCCCUCCUACAACUGCCACCUCAGAACCGUGAUCUUCUUCAUAUGGUGCCCCACCGAGCGGAGGCCUCAGUGUCUGCGAUACAGGAACACAGAGAAUACAGCUGCAAGAAAAAGUAUGUGAACUCUUUAGGAUUAUACUUGGAUUUUUGCAUAAAUUGGUCAUUAAAUGUGUUCUGAUUUUUAUCUAAGUCACAACAAUAGACAAACACAGUCUGAUUUAAAGUAAUACCACACAAAAAAAAGAUAUGUUUGCAUGGUUUUAUUGAACAUAGCAUGUUAAAAUUCACAGUGAGGGGGGAAUUUUAGAUCAUUCCUCUUCACUAAACUUCAGUUUCAGUUCAGCUAUAAUAUUCUUGUGAAAUCUGGUGUGAAUCUCUCUCUUGAGGUCAUGAUGCCACAGCAUCUCAAUUGGGUUCAGAAGGUCAGGACUCUCCAGAAGACGUAUUUUCUUCUGUUGAAGCCGUUCACUUGUCGAUUUACCAGCUUUAAAAAAGUCAAAAAUUCUUGAACGAAGGUUAUCUGAGAGCUUUUUUGUGCGAGGCAUGAUUCACAUCAAGCAAUCAAGCUUCUUAAGAACAGCAAACUCAAAACUGCACAGCAAAUUUCUGGAGUUUGAAAAUCUGGAGUUAAACAAAAGUGUGUGAAAGUGUUAAAUUGUGUGAGUUUAUUCUCAAACUUAAACUACAAAUGAUGUUAUGUAAUGACAAAAGUUUGGGAGAAGGAUCACGCCUGAACUCUACAUUCUAACUCCACCCCCUAUUAAUCAACCGCCCGAUAAAUACCUGCCCUAACUAACUACCUCUCGUGACGAAAGUUCGCAACCCACCUUCUCCCCAACAACCCCCUUUAUCUACUCUUCCACUUCUUAUUAAAUAAAAAGGGGGGGAUAUAACUGCAGGCUUCUUCAGCACCAAGUUCAGAACUCCAGCCCAAAUUUCCCUGAGUUAUAAAUAUAAAGAUACUUAAUCAUAUUGACAAUACAAGAGUGCUAAAGACUAGUAGCUCUCCAGCCCAGAGGGUUGUUGAACCCAAUUGCAGAACAGAUGAUCUUCUUCUUUCUCUACUUCUUUAGACGUGGUCCGCACUUAGCAAAGUUGAGUUGAGGGGAACUCUUUGGUGGUGUAUUAGAGUAUUUCAGAGUUUAUUCCAAGGUGUUAAGAAGCGUGACGGAACUCUCUUAUAAUGGGCGUGUCCACCAAUCCUAGAUCACCAUCAGUGUGAAGUCUUGUCCACCAGGGCUCUACCUUCCAUGGGGUGUUCUAUUAUAUUUUAUAUAAUGGUUGUUUGCCAAUAGCCAAUGUGUUGUUGGCUAUAAGAGCAAGUUACCAUCUUCUGCACUGUGAAUUGUGCACUUUGGGUAAUGUGCUGAUUUUUUUUUUUUGGUGCAUUAUUGGUUAACACUGUAAAGGAGUUUAUGGUAAAAUGAACUCCAGCUGAGAGCUGUAUUUUACUAUAGAUUGGAUAAAUAUUUUAACUCCCACAACAGUUCAGAUUUAACUCCUGUACAGAGUUAAAAGGCUAAAAACUCCCAGAAAAGAGUUACUUUAACUCUGUUAUAGAGUAUAUAUGUGUAUUUGAUGGUCACACGUCUAUAUACACUUAAAAUAAGUUGAUAUUUAACUCUCAGGGAGUUUAUUCCAAAAAACAGAAUUUGCUGUGUGGUGUUUUUUUUUUUUUUUUUUUUAUCGGGCAGGGCAGCUGUAACCAACACAUAAUUCAAUCUCAUCACAUUGAUUGGACCCCAGGUUGGCUGACUCCUGGCUCUCCACAUACUUUUUCCCCCUGCACUGUGAAUGUUAACAUGUUGUGUUUCAACAAAACCAUGCAAACAUAUAAUUUUUUGUGUGGUAUUAGUUUAAGCAGACUGUGUUUUUCUUUUUUUUUUGGCCCGCCACCACCACCACCCCCCUUCGGAGGACUAUUAGUACUUUAUUGUUUAUUUAUUUGAUUAUGUACACAUUACAACAGUUAUUAGUUUCUGUUUUUGUUGUGUGUUUGUUUUUUUUUUUCUUUUUUUUUUCUUUUGUGGGUAUAGUUAAGGGGGAUUACAAUUACAGGGAUUUGGGGGAUGGUGCUGGGGGAUGAAGAAAAGGGGAUAAUUGGGGGAAGAUGAGAUAACAGGAGAGAAAAAAAGGAAAAAAAAAGUUUGAAAGUAAGACUGAUAGAGGUGGGAAGAAAGAAAGUAAAUAAAUAAUAAAAAAAUAAAAAAAUAAAAAGAAAGAAAGAAAAAGAAAAGUUUAUCUAUCUAUAUGUAUGUUUUGAUGACUAAACUGAGACAUGAACAUGUGUGCUGACUGUGUUUGUCUAUUGUUGUGACUUAGAUGAAGAUCAGAACACAUUAAAUGACCAAUUCAUGCAGAAAUCCAAUCCAUACUUUUUUCUUGCAACUGUAUAUCCUGUUCUCUCUGGCAGGGAAUCGAAGAUGAUAUUAGAAUGAUAUUAGAAUGGCAUCAGUUGCACAGAUUGGUGUCGGCUUUUGUUCACUAUUAGCUACGUUCUCAUUCCACCUGAUCCUUGAUUCCUGUAACAAACAGAGCAGCUUCACAGCUGGCAGGGUGUGAUUUGCCUCUGGUUUUAGUGUUGAUUAGCUGUCCAUUUCUGUUUGCAGAGCUGAUGUGGUUAAUAUAACUCCCCCCAACCCUGUGACUCUCUAUGGCAGUGUUCCUCCUAAUCCUGCUCCUGGUCUGUAUGGGCUGUCUUUACAGUUUUAUCAAAUAUGGUUUCUUUCAUUGAACUGCCAAAAGUUUAUGAAGAAAAACACAUUUUAUAUACAGUUAUUUAGGAAACAAAAAAGUGUUACACAAACCAGAAUAUGUUUUAUAUUUAAGAUUCUACAAGAUUGUAAACAUCUUGGCUGGAUUUUCUCAGUCAGCUUUAUGAGGUAGAAUCACCUGGAAUUCAGGCUUUCAGUUAACAGCUGUGCUGAACUCGUCAAGAGUUAAUUACUUAAAUUUCUUGUCUCUUAAUAAAGUGUUUGAGAGCAUCAGUUGUAAAGUAGUAAAGAGGUAGAGUUACAGGUAUACAGUGAAUAGUGAAUAUUUGAGUUAUGUUCUAAUCCAGAUUAUGAAAAGCAAGGACUACUCAACUAAGUAAAGAAGUGAAGGUCGGUUUUUGAAAGUAUUCUUAAGUGUAGUCGCAAAGACCAUUAAAAACGUUAUAAUGUUGAAACUGGCUCAUCAGAAACUCAUCAGAAGUGCCUCAAAAAAGUAAGAGCAAGAGUUUCCUCUAUUGCACAGGAUAAGUUCAUUAGAGUUACCAGCCUCAGAAACCUCAGAAAGAUAACAGCUCCCCAGAUAAGAGCAUCUAAAUGCUUCUUCAGAGAGUAUUUUGGUUUGUUUAACACUUUUAAGUUUCUACAUGAUUCUUUAUGUGUUCCUUCAUAGUCUGGAUUUUGACUGGUACUGUAUGUCAAGAAUGAUUUCCCUUUAUAACAGGGGUCGGCAAUAGACCAGCAAACAUUAAACAUCUGGCCCGUGAGGUUGUUUGAACUAUAACGAACGAUAAUGAAAAAAAUAAAAGCUUCUCUGGUGAGCUUUUGUUUACAUGCCUCCCCUAUCUCUCUGUGGCACUCUGCAUGACUUAAGUUUCUGCCCGUUCUUGUUUUUCCGCCUGUAAUUGGGCUUCCUAUCUCCUUAUAUGGGCGUUUUUUCCCGGGCAUGUCCCAAUUCACUAGCUGGGGCAGCGGUAGUGUAUUGGAGUGUGACCCUGAUGACACAGAUUUGAUCCAGCAUGAGGAGCGGUGUGUUUAUGUAAUUAUUUGUCCCUUUCUACUUGGGUUUACCUGCUUUGAGAUCAACUGUUCUGCAAUUGGGUACAACAACCCUCUGGGCUGGAGAGCUACUAGUCUGUAGCACUCCAUCCCAUUACAUUUUACAAUUUCCAAAACAGAAGUUUAAUUUUUUGUGGCCCACCACCUAAUGGCUUGGGAAAUAUCUGCCCCGCGGCCAAACUCAUUUGCCGACCCCUGCUCUAUACGCUCAAAAAAAAAAAAAAAACUACUGUUAAUAUAAGUUGAAGUUAUAUGGAGUGUUGUUACUGCAGACACUCUAUAGUAACAACUGUAGAAACUGUAGCAUUGACGUUAUUGGAGGAAAUUAGAGAUGCUGUCCUGAAUAUCUGGGAAGCAUCAUUGUGUCUAAUAUGGAUAAAUGAAAUUUAUUCAAUAAGAAACCCCUGAUUUCAGGAGCAGGAUUAGGAAACGCCGCUCAGAGAAGCUGCUUCCACCUCCUGGCUCGUGGUGGCGGGAGCUUCUUGACUGUGAUAGUGAGUCUUCAGUAGUGAUCUGAGCCUGCUGGCUCUGAUACGACUCUGGUACAAACCUUCAGAAUGAUCACGUGCUUCAGAUUCACCUGACCAGGGUCAGGACUCUUCUACAGGCUUCUUUACAAGCAAUCGGACAAAUGCUGUUAAUCGCGCCGUGUGUAACCUCAUAGUAUUCUAUAGUCGGGUGCUGUAUUGAACAAUACGAGUGAACGCUCAGCAGGUAUAUGGUUAAAGACUGGCUGUGUGAUGAUCAUGUGAUGAUAAUACCAAUUCAUGUCAGUCCGUGUUGAUUUUAGGAGCUGAUUUUAAAUGGUUACGGUUCUUAAUUCAUAAUUAAUGGACUCUCAGAACAGCAGAGGAAUGAGCUAUUGUAAUAAACCCGGUUUAUUUUAUUAUUGUUAUUAUUUUUUGAACUAUAUCCACUUUGACCUUCAUCCUGAGUAGCUGUAGAGAUUCUCACAGCAUCAGUUUACAGACUGAGCCCCAAGUGGAUCUAAAUAUAUGAAUUCAAAGGCCUCGUAUAUUUUUGUCCUCUUCUUUUCUACUUCUGUAAUCAGUGAGAGAUGAAGAGAGUGAGGGAGAGAGAAAGUGUAACAGAGACUCUGCUGUGUGAGAGAGCGCUGCUUAAAAGAGGAGUACCCAUCCACUGCUAUUUUCUCCAGUCUCUUAAAAUGCUAAUUUCAGAGUGAAAUGCACAGUCACACUCAAAUCUAAGCUGUUUAGACUUAACCCAAAUUACGAUCAAGCUAACUUAAGCUAUUCUGAGCUUUUUUGAACUGUUUUUGGGAAGCAAUCAAAGGAAAAAUGACAAAAUUAUUAAUUUCUCUGCCUUAAAGUGGAAUUUCACAGAUUUCUGAGUUUUGUAGUUAUGUAGGCCUUUGCACUGCACAAAAAAUCCAUUGGCAAACACUAGACAAAAUAAUAUGUAAAUUGAGAUGUAAAUGCUUAAACUAAGCAAAACAAUCUGCCAAUGUGGUGAGCACUCAGCACUCAAUUUUUCUUUCUAUGAUUUCCUAAAAUAAGCAAUCACAAUGUCUCAAAAUGUGUGAAGUGAGCCUCAAAUCAAGCAAAAAUAUUUUAUUUUAUGGCUUAAAUUUGUGCACAAGAAUCAGAAUAACUUGACUUGAAUUACUUGACUUUUUGUGCUUAUUUUAAGUUCAAAUUACUUAACCCUCCUGCUAUCCUCAAAUUAGGGAACACCCUUUUUUAAUUGGGGCAAUACGAUCCCAGCAAUUUAAACCUCCAGAAAAUGAUUAUAAUUCCAGAUAAUUUAACAUGUUAACAAGUUUACUCACCAGUUUUUUUUUUUUGACAAAUGAUUAGUGGUACUGGCAUUAUUCUAAGUGUUUUAUUAGUAUUAUAUAAAUAUUAUAAGUAUUGGGUUGUAAAGUCACGGCCUAGAGGGAAUGGACAUUUAGAGAAAGAUUCUAAAACUGAAUGUCAUUGUGACCUUAACAUUAUUACCACACACGUGUAAAAUAUUGAGAUUUUUUAUGUUUUAUGCCAAUAAAACAGCCUAAUAAAACAAAUAUUGAGGUGGAUAUAUUUGAAACAUCUUAUUUUUUUACUUAUUGUUUUCGGCAAAUUAGGAGAAGGCGAUAAAUAUGAAUCACAAAACUAAUGUCAACCAUCUUUUCAGAGGCUUUAAACAUUGAAUGGGGUCAAAUAGACCUCAAAGAUAAAAGGAGGGUUAAAAUAAGGUGAAAAUAUAAGACCAUAAGAAUAAGAUAAUUAUUCCUAAAAUAAGUAAAACAGUCUUACUCUUAUGAUGAUUAGCAAGACAAAAAAAUAAAUAAAUAAAUAAAUAUAAAGAAAACAAUAGCUUGUGAGUCACACUAAAUAGGACUGUUUAUUUACAUAUAAAAAACCCUGAAUUUGAUAUGUAAGACCUUAAAAUUUAAAUCAAACCAGUCUGUAGUGGCCAAUCCAUGUGUGAAAAUGAUGAUCUCAUGCUCCCUCUUCAGCCUUUAUAUAUGGUUAUGUACAGUAGGUGUAGCCCUAUAUUCACUAUGUAGCCCUUUGGAUAUUUUAGUAAAGUGUUCCCACCAAAUAAUGCUAAAAUGUAAAAGGGAAUUCCACUUUAAGGCAACAUGAACAAUGUCAUUUAUGACUUAACAGAUAUGUUUUUUAAUCUGUAAACUUAAAAUUCAGUUCAAAUUCAUCAGUACCAGUAUUUCUCUCAAUCUUCUGGAAUAUAAAAUAAGCUUAAAGGUGAUUGACUCGUUUUAAACAAGGACUCAUUAUAGUAGGAGAUGUAAGCUGAUCACAUUUCACUGUUUCACUGCAGGACCUGCUGACUCUCCUCCCUCUGCUUAACUCCAGUUAAUGAGGUGAAAUGUGGAAGCAGGAAUUGGCAUUUGACAAUCUGAAUUUGUGAAGGGAGGCUCUCAGUGUGUGAAUUACUCAGAAUCGAGAGAGUAUAGACUGUGUAAACCGUGUAUAAACUGGUAUAUACUGUAUUUAAAUGGAUCUACUUUAAUUAUGGUAGAUAGUUCUCUGUUUUUGAGGAAGCAGCGAUGAGGGAAGAGGCCUGAAUCGCUAAAGAAACGAGUCUAGAGAGAAAAGUGCCAAUGCUCCAACCAACUUAAAGGAGAAAUCCGGUGUGAAAUGGACUUGUGGUGUAGUGAAAUAUGAUAAUGAGUAUGAACUUUUGUAGAAUAGCCCACCUCUAUUUAUCCCCUGCAUUCUAAAAUACAGAGCUUAUGCUCCCAACAGGCUUACAAUGCAAGUGAUAGGGGCAUAGAUACAGUACACAAUUCAAAAAAUCCAUUUGCAAAAACUAGACAAAAUAAAUGUAAAUUGACACAUAAAUGCUUAAAUUAAGCAAAAGAAUUUGCCAAUGGGUGAGCAAAUUUUUCUUAGUAAGAUAUAUUUUUAAAUAAGCAAUCACUAAAUAUCAAAAUGAGUCGAAUAAGCUUAAAUCAAGCAAAAAUCCCUUAUUUGUUGGCUUAAAUUUGUACACAAUAAUCAGAAUAACUUGACUAGUAAGUUUUUGUGCUUAUUUUGGGUUCAAAUUACUUAAAAUAAGGUGAAAAUUUACUUAAAGGUGAAGAGUCUGAAUAAGAUCAUAUUCCUAAAAAGUCUUACACUUCCGAUGCUUAGUAAGACGAAAAUUAUUAUCAGAGGAAAAAAAAAAAAGAUUUAUUGCUUUGAAAUUAGAUAUGGAAAUGCUAUUAAAAUAUCUCUAUAAUAUUUAUACAUUUUCACAGAAUUAAUUUUGCACUCUUUUCCUCUAUCUUACCUAUUUGUUCGUGCUCUCCAGUUGACCAAUUGUGACUUAGGCUACGUUCACAUUACAUUACAUUUAAGCCACAUUCCUCAAUUCCGAUUUUCUUUUCCCUCAGAUCAGAUUUGUCUUUCUUGACGGUUCACAUUUAACAAAUGUAAGUGAUCUGUAUCUGUGUGUAACGUGAACGAAUCUGUCCCUGAAACACCGCCUCACAUGCUCACAAUGCUAAUUGUAUAAAUGUCUCCUUCUUCACAAACAACAAAAACACUCAUAUUAGAGAGACGAGAGACUCGUAGCUUUAUAAAGGUGAAAUGCAUGAGUUUGAUAGCAGCUCAUAUGUGGAGCAUCUUUUGCUGGAGUGGAGAAACAGUAAACAGCUGGUCUGAAGUUCAUGCUCUGGUCAUGGAGGUUAAAAAAAAAGGCCAGGUGGUUUGCUUUUGCUGUUUUUUUUUCUACAGCUAUUGCUGCACAGCUGCACCAAGAUAUGUGUUUGUGGGUACAAGAGAGAAGCACGUAGCGCUAUGCUAAUGUGUAAAAGCAAAAAGAAUAGAAAAUAAUUCUAGUUUGACCGUUCACAUUCAUGUUGCAUGUUAAUGUAUUGGAUAUGUAUCCGAUUUAGGACAACAUAUGAAAGUGACUCAAAUCUGAUUUGGAAAAAACAAACAAAAAAAAAAAACGGAUUUGACAUGUUCACACAGCCAUUAAAAAAACAGAUCUGAGCCAAAUUGAGCAAAAAAAAAUAAAAAAAUCAGAUUUGAGUCACUUUAUCCUGGUAAUGUGAACGUAGCCUUAGUUUCAAGGUGGGGGCACCUGUAGAACUACAUAUACAUGUUUAUAAAUGAUGUUUUUUAAUAAACUAAUUAAAUAUUAGAGCCCUCAAUGAAGUGUGGAGCUACUUCGAGUUGGUUAAUGGUGUAAAAAUAGUGAUUUCUUUGCAUGGGUUACUCUAUGCCCCCAUUUCUAGCAUUGUAAGCCUGUUGGGAGCAUCGGUUAAAAGCUCUGUAUUUCAGAAUGCUGGGGGUGAAUGUAGAUGGGCUAUUAAACAAAAGUUUGUACUCAUUAUCAUGUUUCACUACAUCCCAAGUCCAUUUCACACUGUAUUUCUCCUUUAAAUACUUUAUUUGAUGCGGGUCUAUGGUGGUCCUGUCCUCGUGAUCAGAAGGGAAACAUGUUAUUUUAUAUUUUAUUUGCCAAAAGUCAGCAGAAAUCUGACGUCAGUGACCUCUCUCGACGUAAUCCCUUUACUCAUUCCAACUCUAGUAUCGUCGUCUUAGUAUUAAUAUCAUACUCCACCCUUCAUAAAGUCCACAGAUUAAAACCCGUACCUGUAAAGAAAGACCCAAACGCCUGUUCCGGGGCAGAACCGCAAUCGCCUGUUCCCGUUUCUGACCCGAAUCAUGAGGGAGUCCGAGUGUCCUGUUAAUCUGUCCAUGUUCAAUAUGUGAAUAUAUAUAAAAAAAAUCUAUAAAUAUUCUAUACAAAUAUAUGACAAGCAUACUGUUGUAUCAACUCAAUCUAGUUAAAUCAUGUAUCUCCUAUUUCAGAAUUUAGUGCCUUUUUUGGACAGUAGACUGUUCAGUAAUGAAUAUGUAGUAUAUGUAUGCUUUAUUACUUUUUUAAGACUUUUUUUUUUAAACUUGUGUUUAUUUUAGUACUGUAUCUUCUAGAGAAUAAAGACUGAUCAAUGAUGAA